AUGAUCAGACAUGGAUUGUUUGAUGCACAGAAAAAGUCUGCAAUAAACAUAGAAAAUACAUCCGCUAGCCCACUUUCCCCAGGAAAUGACGAUCAGAAAAUGCAGCUUCCUUCAUUUGCACAGAACUUCACAAAUGGGCAUCUAGUAAUCAGUGGCUCUUCUAUAACCUCCAACCCUUCAAGCAUUCUUACUGCUCAGAGCCUGUUCAAAAACUCCCUAGACAAGGCUAAAGAAAAGGUUAAGGCAGGAGAGAAGGUUCUUGCCUUCUGGGGAUAUGUAACCUCACUGCUUUCAUCAGCACGCCAAUAA